AUGAGUGGAAUUGUUAUUUCCCUCUGCAUCUUGGCCAGCUCGUUGACCGCGGCUCAAAAUUUCGCCUACCCCAAUAUUUUUAACGACACCGAGAGAGAUGUACCGAUUUACGGGAAGUUCCCUGAAGGUUUUGCCUGGGGAUCGGCGACGUCCGCCUACCAGGUGGAGGGAGGCUGGGACGCCGACGGCAAGGGUGAAAGCAUCUGGGAUACGUUCUCACAGGCAGGUAGAUGUUUCGCGUACCAGACAGGUGACGUAGCUUGUGAUAGCUAUAACAAGUACCCAGUGGAUGUCCAACUCGCCAAAAAGCUCGGUCUCACCCAUUACCGUUUCUCCAUUUCAUGGCCCCGGGUUAUGCCAGACGGUACCCGGGCUAGCCUCAACGAGCCUGGGUUGGCUUAUUAUGAAAACCUGGUGGAUGAACUUUUAAAGGAGGGGAUCGAGCCCGUGGUGACUCUGUACCACUGGGAUCUUCCACAGACUCUCCAGGACCAAUACGGGGGAUUCGAGAACGAAACGCUGGUGGCGCUGUUUGACGACUACGCUGACGUAUGCUUCGAACGGCUUGGCGCCAAGGUUAAACUGUGGAUUACAUUCAACGAGCCGUAUGUCGUCUGCUGGUUGGGUUACGGUAUCGGUGUUUUCGCCCCUGGGAAAUACGACCCGGGUUACUCGCCGUACAGGUGUGCACACAACAUCGUCAAGUCUCAUGCCAAGGCGUAUCAUACGUACCAGGAAAAGUACAAAGCGAUGUACAAUGGACAAGUUUCUAUCACCUUGAGUACAGAUUUUGGACUACCUGAAGACGAGACCAACCCAAAUCAUGUUGCUGCAGCUGAACGCUACAUGCAGUUUACGGCCGGCUGGUUUGCUCAUCCCAUCUUCAAGAAUGGUGACUACCCGGACGUGAUGAAAUGGCAGGUGGGGAACAAGAGCCUGUCUCAGGGCUUGAGCGAGAGCCGUCUUCCAGCCUUCACCGAGGCAGAGAAAGUCUUCAAUGCCGGUACUGGAGACUUCUUUGGUUUGAACGCCUACACCACCACAGUGUGCAAGGACAACUUCAAAUCAUCCACAGAUCCAAAUUACGAAGAAGACCAGGACGUGUCUAGGUACCAGCCGCAAGAGUGGCCCACCUCGGGCAGCGACUGGCUUCGUCCAGUGCCAUGGGGUCUUCGUAGACUCUUGAACUGGGUUCAAAAAGAGUACGGCAAACCGAUUUACAUCACUGAAAAUGGCGUCUCUACUCCCGAUGUGUCCGAACUCAACGAUGUCAGUAGGAUCACUUUCUAUGGGGCGUACAUCAACGAAGUUCUAAAAGCAUCCUUACUGGAUGAGAAUGACGUCAGAGGUUACUUCGCCUGGUCAAUGUUGGACAACUUUGAGUGGACUUCUGGUUACAGUCAGCGCUUUGGUCUCCACUAUGUAGACUUUGACGAUCCGGAACGUCCACGAACCGAGAAAGAAUCGGCAAAGUUCUUCGCUGGUCUGGCCGCUUACAAUGGCUUCCAGGAUCCCAAUGAGAGCAAUAAGGCAUCUGCAGUCACUCCGUAUUAUCAUAUUAUUGCAUUCAUGCUGUUCUUGUGUUUGAUUCAACUCCGCCUCUGUUAGGUGCUCACCACCCACCCCCACAGAAAGGUGUAACAAGAUCCUGCAACAAACACAAAUUAACAAAAUCAACAAACAAACAAACAAACAAACAAACAAUUAUUCGAAAAUAAUACAAUGUAUUAUGAAAUAUGUAAUUCACUUUAGACUGAAGGGAACACUGACACCCCCCACUUUACAAAAACAAAUACAUAAAACUAGAGUCAAUAAUACAAA